AUGAAUAAUAAAUUAUUCCAUUGUGAUGUUUGCAGUACUGAUUGCACUAAUAGAAUAAGAAUACAAUGCGCUAUUUGUACUGAUUAUGAUUUAUGUGUUCCUUGUUUUGCUUCUGGUUCAACAACUGGUGAUCAUAAACCAUGGCAUGAUUAUCAAAUUAUUGAACAAAAUACAUAUCCAAUAUUCGAUAGAGAUUGGGGUGCUGAUGAAGAAUUAUUAUUAAUACAAGGUUGCGAAACUUUUGGUUUAGGUAAUUGGGCUGAUAUUGCUGAUCAUAUUGGUAAUAGACUGAAAGACGAGGUUGCCAAACAUUAUUAUGAUAUAUAUUUGGGUAAAGAUUAUCCAUUACCUAUAAUGAAUAAAGAUUUUACAAGUAUAACUCCAUUACAAUUUUUAGAAGAGAGGAAACAAAGAUUAGAAAGAAGAAAGAAUAUGCCAUUACCUAUAAAAUCAAAACCCGUUGCUUCUGUUCCAUUAUGUCAUGAAAUUCAAGGUUAUAUGCCUGGUAGAUUAGAAUUUGAUCAUGAAGUAGAAAAUGAUGCUGAAAUACCUAUAAAAGAUAUGCUUUUUGAUCCUGAAGAUCUGGCAAAUGAUAUAGAAUUGAAAUUGACUAUACUUGAUAUUUAUAAUUCAAGAUUAACAACAAGAGCAGAAAGAAAGAGAACAUUAUUGUUAAACAACUUACUUGAAUAUCGCAAGAAUAUAAGUAAUGAUAAACGAAAGUCAAAAGAGGAAAAGGAUUUAUUAAAGAAAAUUAAUGCAUUUAUUCGUAUAUUAACACCAGACGAUUUUGAAUCAUUUACAAAAGAUAUUAUAAAUGAAUUAAAAUGCAGAAUAAGGAUACAACAAUUACAAAGUUGGAGAAGAAAUGGGAUAACUACAAUUGAAGAUGGUAAUAAAUUUGAAAAGGAUAAGUUGAUAAAAAGUGCACAUUAUCAAAGAAUGGGGAAUAUUAAUAGAAAUACACCAAUUAACAAAGAUAUAAAAAAGAGAAUUCUUGAUAUAACACAUUCAACAGAUUAUGAAUUAUUAUCAAAUGAAGAGAAACAAUUGUGUUCUACAUUAAGAAUAUUACCAAAACCAUACCUUGCAAUAAAGAAUCAAUUAAUAAAAGAAGCGCUCAAGAAUAAUGGUAUCCUUAAGAAGAAAGAUGCUAGACAUGUACUAAAGAUUGAUGUUAACAAAGCAAGUAAGAUAUAUGAAUUCUUUGUAACAAAUGGUUGGAUCAAACUGAUAUGA